UCAUAGUGAUAAUAAGGAAGCAAGUUAUCAAUUUAAUAGUAGUUUUUAACAUGAGAAUAAUUACUAUAUGGGUUACCAAUGGCGGGUCCAGCUGAUUUGCAUUCAACGACGCGAUUGCAUCGUCAGUUUAGGUAUUAUGCCAUUGAGUAAAACCAGUAAUAUCCUACACUUCAAAAAAUAUUAAUAUUAAAUUAAAAAUUCUAAAAAAUUAAUACCCGGAAAUAUAUGAAUGAAAUGCUUAGUUUUAAUAAUAUACCUUAUUAAUUUAUUUUUUAUCAAAGGAUCUAAGGGUUGUAAUAAAUGUGCUUAUUCUAAAAUUGCAAAUCAGAAUAGUACAAUUAAGUCUACACAUGAUCUCUACGAUUUUUAUGACAACAGCCAUACAUAUUUUUUAUAUAAUACCAUGGUUUUGAUAAAUGAAGGGGAAUUUAUUAUGGGGACAAAUACCCCACAUUUUAUAGCUGAUGGUGAAGGCCCAGAAAGAACAGUAUUUAUAUCAAAGUUUUAUUUAGAUAAAUAUGAGGUAAGCAACUAUGAUUUUUCCAUAUUUAUUAAUGCUACUGGAUAUAUAACAGAGGCUGAAAAAUUUGGGGUUUCAUUUGUUUUAGAAAAUAAUUUAGAUGAAAAAAUUAAAUUAGAUAUUAAAAAAGCUGUUGCUGAUGCUACAUGGUGGUUGCCAGUUGAAAAUGCCACAUGGAGACAACCUGAAGGUUUAGGAUCACACAUAUACAAUAGAUCAAAUCAUCCAGUUAUACAUAUAUCUUGGAAUGAUGCCAAUUCAUUUUGUAAAUGGGCUGGUAAAAGGUUACCCACAGAGGCUGAAUGGGAAUAUGCAUGUAGAGGUGGAAUGGAUAGAAAGCUUUAUCCCUGGGGGAAUGAAUUUAAUCAAAAUAACAUAUUUCAUGCUAACAUAUGGCAAGGAGAAUUUCCAUACAUUAACACAGGAGAAGAUGGCUAUGUUACAACAGCACCAGUUAACGUAUUCGCGCCCAAUGCAUAUGGCAUCUAUAACAUAGUCGGAAAUGUUUGGGAAUGGACUUCUGACUGGUGGCAUACGCAACACGACUCCUCCUAUCAAAAAAACCCAAAGGGACCUGACUCUGGCACUGACAGGGUUAAAAAAGGCGGAUCUUUCGCGUGUACUGAGGGCUAUUGUUUCAGAUACAGAUGCGCUGCCAGGAGUCAAAACACACCUGAUAGCUCAGCUACUAACCUUGGUUUCCGGUGUGCUUCUUCCUAUUACAGAAAUGAACUUUGAUAUUUUUCUAAAUUAUUUAUUUUGAAGAACUGUUAUUUGUGUAGAGGGGGGGGGGGGGGACUUAUAAAAGAUUUAUUGAAAAAAUCACAAUUUAAAAUGACAUGCCUUUAUGAUAUAUAAUAUAUUAAUCAUUUAUACACCUGUGAUUAGAAAUAUAUUAAUAUUUGUGAUUAUAUAUAUUUAUGAACUAUUAUCUUUGGGGGGUAUUUUAUAACUGAUUUAUUGAAAAAAUUCAUCAAAUAUCACAAUUUAAAGAUUCAUACCUCCAUGAUAUAUAAU